AUGUCAGGUCGCCUGGCAGCAUGGACCAUAGAACUCAGCCAGUUUAAUUUGGAAUUUAACCCACGACAUUCCGUCAAAUCACAAGCCCUCUCAGACUUUGUGGCAGAAUGCACCUUCUCCACAGACCUAGGCAUCAUCAAGGAGCCAUCUUCCUCGGACAAAUCUUGGACACUAUUCACCGAUGGGUCUUCCACCGCAUCAGUAGGCGGAUCAGGCAUUAUCUUAACAAGCCCUGAAGGGUUCAAGGUCCAGCAAGCAGUAAUAUUAGGAUUCUCCGUUACGAAUAAUGAGGCAGAAUACGAGGCCCUGAUUGCCGGGUUAAAGCUAGCCUCUCAUCUCGAGGUAAAAGUGAUAGAAAUAUUCUCGGAUUCUCAGCUAGUAGUAAAGCAGUUAAACGGCGAGUUCAAAACACUUAACGACCGCAUGGUGUCUUACGUAAAAAUCUGCUCCCAACUACUUAGUCAUUUCGCCUCAUGGUCACUGAAUUGCAUCGACCGAUCGGCGAACCAUUGGGCUGAUGCACUGUCUAAAUUGGCCACCUCUUCGGUAGCACCAAUAGCUGAACCUGUGUACAUACGGGAAUUGAUUCAACCAUCAACCACAAUCACAGACGUUCACGUCAUCGAAGAGGUAACAGACUGGAGAACCCCAAUCAUGCAAUUCAUACAAGGUGGCUCAACGGAGGCUGAUAAAAAUGAGCUGAAAAAGUUAGCAAACAAGGAAAAGGACUACUGCAUCAUGGAAGGAAGGUUAUACAGGAGAGCGUUGACAGAACCAUUGCUAAAAUGCGUGGGAACGGAGGAGGCUCAAGUCGUUAUGAAAGAAGUACACUCAGGAAUAUGUGGCGAGCACUUGGCAGGCAAAAAUAUGGCUCUAAAGAUACUACGACAUGGUGUUUACUGGCCAACCAUCAGGAAGGACUGUGAAGAGUUUGCCAAACAUUGCCACCCAUGCCAACUUUAUGGCCCUAUGAACCACAGGGCUUCAGUAUCAUUCACCCCAUCAGUCUCUCCAUGCCCCUUCUUCAUGUGGGGAAUGGACAUUGUCGGUCCUUUACCAAAAGCUUUAGGACAAAAACAGUUCAUCAUCGUGGCAGUGGACUAUCACACUAAAUGGGUGGAAGCCAAGGCACUAGCCCGCAUCAGAGAAACUGAGGUAAUUCACUUCUUUAUGGAGUUCAUCGUCUUCCGAUUUGGAGUCUCACGAAUAGUGGUGACCGACAACGGGUCCCAAUUUACGGGAAAGGAUUUCGAAUCCACCUUGUCUCAGUUGGAGGUUAAACACACAAAAUCAUCACUGGCAUACCCACAAGCAAAUGGAUAA